CAAAAGCAACCAUCCGGUGCUUUAACUAACCCGUUACAAGUAAACUUUUUAAAAUAUGUUUUAACAAAUUUUUACCCCUGAAACAAAUUUAACUACAAUUAUUUUUAGGACCUUCAAACCAAGUAACUGUUGUUUCUCUUUCGGACAGAUUAAAAUAUUAUCAAGCAUGAUUAUAAAUUUCGUUUACCGUAAGACGAUUACGCCUUGUAUAAUAUCUUGUGCAAAAAUGUCUGCACAGAGCAAGAAAGAUUUUGAAGCAAUUGAAACCUAUAACAAACUUCGUAAAAAACCUCUGUCGGAAACGGUGUAUUCGUUAUCGGAACGAAAAAUUGCUAAGCGUUAUUUUGACCAAGUGAAAGAAUUCAGGAAGCGCAGUGAAGAAGGGUUUGAACCAUCAAAACUUUUCAUGGUGUGGCGCAUUGCAUCGCUAGUAAACAGGCCAAUGUGGGAAAAAGAAGCAAUAAUACAGCUUGGUCUUCAUCAUCACAAAGUACAGUACGCCAUUGUGAAAAAUACUGCUUCAAAUAAUAAAUUUCUGUGGUCGAUUAAACAUCUGAUACGAGUGAAACCGAUUACGUACCCCGAUGGUUUUCCUGCUCAAGAAGAUUUUUAUGGAACAUUUUUAAAACAGUCUGGUGAACUUAUUGUUGCUCCUCGUUUAAAAGUCGACAUUGAGGAUUUAGAAAGAGAUCCUGAAUAUGAGGAGAAGAAAUUAGAUCAGAGACACAUAAGAGAAGACUUACGUUUGAAGUGGAACCAAAAUUAUCCCAAACUGUACUGAUUGAUAUCUAUAGUUUAAUGAAAUAAAAUUUUGAUCGGGACG